CUCUACUUAAAACAAAAAACUUUCCUUUUUCUCCGAGCUUGUCUUCAACUCUGUGUUUCUGUUCGUCGCUCUCGUAUCUUUGCCCUUUGCAGAUAACAGUGUUAAAAACAUGGCAGCCAUUUCCUUCUGGGUUCUUAUAAGCGUUGCUCUUGUUUUCGCCUUCGUCUCGCGCAAUGUUGAAGCUCAGUCUGCUGCACCAGCACCUUCUCCUACAAGCGACGGAACUUCAAUUGACCAAGGGAUUGCUUACAUUCUGAUGCUUGUGGCACUGGUACUCACAUACCUCAUCCACCCUCUAGACGCAUCCUCCUACACCUUCUUUUAAAUUACAUUAUUACAAUCAUUCAUUUAGUUCACAAAUUGCUAUGUUGAUAUAUCUAUCAAGUUCCAUUUUUUCCCAUU